AUGGCUAGUAGAACAAGUGGAAGACUUGCCGUCUCCAUCGUACAGCAAUGCACCGAUGUCAGACUCGAGAACAAUAUGAAGUUAUGCAAAUUACCUUUAGAAAAAAACACGGCCGACUUUUCGAAAACCUCGGCCAUAGUCAAGCGAUACUCUUUAGGCAAACCCAACCCAUUUGAGUGUAACACGAGCAAAACGAUUUUACUGACGGGAGCCACGGGAUCGGGAAAGACGACGUGGAUCAACGCCAUGGUCAAUUACGUCCUGGGAGUUGAAUGGGACGAUCCUUUCCGCUUUAUUCUCGUCGACGAGGAAGUCAUAGGAGGCAACCAAGCUCACAGCCAAACCCAAGGGGUCACUGUUUACGAUCUACACCAUCAAAAUGGAUUCCGCAUUCCAUUUUCUCUGACGAUCGUCGACACGCCGGGAUUUGGCGACACGGGUGGAAUUGCACGAGACAAGGAAAUCACAUCGGCCAUCGAAAAACUCUUCAAAGAUGAAAACGGCAUCGAGGAAUUGGAUGCAGUAGGUUUCGUCGUCCAAGCCCCACUUGCCCGUCUUACGCCUUCGCAAAUAUACAUUUUCAAUUCCGUCCUGUCCAUUUUCGGCAAAGACGUUAAAGAGAACGUCCGUUUCCUCGCCACUUUUGCCGACGGAAAGCGACCCCUUGUCUUGGAUGCCAUCAAAGCGGCCGGGCUUCCUUGCCGGAUGGACUCGAAGGGGCUGCCGUGCCACCAGAAAUUCAACAACGGCGCUAUUUAUGCCAAUAAUCAAGAUGAAGAGGACUGCAUGUCACCCAUGGAAUGGAAUAACGGAAUGAAGAAUUUCAAGUCGUUCUUCGAAGAGCUGUCAGACAUGCGAACUAAAUCGCUGCAAAUGACCAUCGAAGUCUUGGAGUCCAGGAAGCAGCUGGAAAUGAAACUCAAGUGGAUGCAGGACGUCAUCCCACAACAUUUGACUAAAAUGGAGGAGUUGAGAACCAAAGAAUCCUUCAUCGAGUUGCACAAAAUGGAAGUGGACGCCAAUCAGAAUUUCGAGAUCAGAGUGCCAGUCUCCAAGAAAGUCAAAGUGCCUGUCGAGCGCCUGACAGCCAUGAACUGCACAAAUUGUGAAACGACCUGCCACUAUCCAUGCAAUCCUGGUUAUCCAAUGGGUUGGUGCCCAGCAUUUUUUUCGGGGGAAACAGCCGGCGGAUUCUUUGGUUUUCUGGCUGAAAAACUGAUGCACAAAUUUCGCGAGGCGGAUUGCCAAGUCUGUCCCGGCAGCUGCAGCAGCAAAAGUCACGAGAACGAAACCCAUCGAUGGACCCACCAACAAGUGGAGGAGAUGCAAACCCUUAAGGAUGUGCGGGAAAGAUAUGAAAAGGCCAAGGGAAAGAAGAUGGACGCCGAAGGGCUGGUGAAAGACCUAAAAAAGGAGGUCGACGUCCUGAAAAAAGACUUCGUCAAAACCAUCGACGAAAUCAAAGUCUUGCACAACGAACUGAAAAGGAAUGCGCUGCACGGCAAUCCGCUCACGACUCCAGAGUACAUCCGGAUGAUGAUCGAUAAUGAGAAGAACGAACGUAAAGACGGAUUCGAAAAACGAAUGGAGAGCUUGAAGGAACUGUUGCCGCUGGCCAAGAUGACGGACGACAUCGUGGAAGAUGCAGCCGAAUUCGUCAAAAAACAGCUGAAGGACUGAUUUAGCUAUGGACGUUGCUCUUCUACAACCCCUAUUUCUACUGAUAUUGUAGCCUUAUAUUCAUAACAGUCUGUAGUAGUCUCAACUAGUAGACAUAAAUAGCUCUCAUUGCUUGUAUGAAAUUAGAUAAUCUGAAAUACAAUUUAUUAAGAUUCCCUAAAA